UACAUUUAGGACCUCGGACGUGGUCCUUUCCCACUCAACAAAUGCGAUUACUCGGACAUGUCUGCCCUGGAAACUGGCUUCCUCCGCCGCUCAACACCCCGCCGCUCAAUACCUACACGACUCUGAUGCAGCUUAUGCAGCAUCCGCCAUCCUGCCCAUUACUUCGUCGAAGAGCAGAGACAGGCUCCUCCACUCGCACGCCACUGUGCCAAAGUCCGGGUUUGUGAACAUCACAGCUUCACCCGCCCCGAGCUCAAAGCCUUGAUGCAGCAGACGACGUCUGGCUGGGAUCACCACGACGUAAUGUUCAGAUGCGACCAUGAGCACCCUGACUCUGAAAAUGACCAUCCGUGGACGGAAAAAUGCGGCGCAUCGAUCGUCAAGAACACGCACGGGCAUAGAACUAUGCGCGAAGCCACCUUCUUCAUCGAAUCGCAUCACCCACUAGCACUGAUCCCGAAGGACCUUAUGGAAGUUACGCCAGAUAAAGCUACAGUCGAUGCCUACAAAGAAAAGAUAUCUGAGGCUUUAAAGGCAAUAGAUAUGCCGGCGUGUCCUCAUCUCCGUGUCAGCAGUCGGUGGAUAUUGGACCGCGUGCCUGAAGUACGACCAAGUAUAUACCCUGAGUACCCAGAGAAUCCGGAACAUAUAGAUUGCAAAGCGUCAAAUCCACGCAUCGAUCCGCCAUGCUGGAUGCAGUUGAACAUACAUAAGAUGCGGAGGGGUCAGCCACCCUACAUAAAGCUCGAAACUCGUAGGUACUGGACUCCCGAACAACUGGCCGAGGUAAACAUGGAGCGGUAAACGAUACUUCAAAGAGAAUGGAUCGUAAAAGAGAACCAGAGUCGUACAACCUUUACAUCUUAUCCGAGGCUUUAUUGAGGCGUCGACGGAUUCCGCACAGUGCCAGACCAGCGGAUAGUAGGCUUCAGGAGCUCGGUUUGUACGCCUUCAAUAUAUCUUCCUCAUUGAGCUCUCUGGCUGUUUCUUGUUUA